AUGUGGAAUGACACCAUGGUGAAGGAAUUCAUCUUGUUGGGCUUUACUGCCAGCCAUCAACUUGAGAUCUUUCUUUUCCUCCUGCUAUUCACUGCAUACUUUUUGACCAUGAUAGGUAAUAUUGUGAUUAUUGCAGUCACACUGGUGACUCAUGAACUAUUCUGCACCCCUAUGUACUUCUUCCUACAACACAUUGCAGUUGUGGAGAUUGGGUAUACCAGUGCCGUAAUUCCCAAAACAUUGGCCAACAUGGCCACAGGCCAUAAGACUAUAUCUUUACCUAGUUGCUUCAUCCAAACCUUUCUAUAUUUUUUCUUGGGGACCACAGAGUUCCUUCUGCUGGCAGUGAUGGCUAUUGACCGAUAUGUAGCCAUCUGCCACCCACUUCGGUACUCAACCAUCAUGAACAGUCAAAUGUGCACCUUGUUGGUGCUUUGUUCUUGGGUUGGAGGGUUGUUCCUGAUUAUGGGUCCAGCGGUUGCAUUAUUUCAGAUGCCCUUCUGUGGCAAAAAUGUCAUCAACCAUUUUUUCUGUGACAGUGGACCAUUGUUCAAACUUGUGUGUGUUGACACGAGUCUUCUGAAACUCAUCAGUUUCUUCAUUGCUAUUCUCUCUCUCUUUGGCACCUUGGCCAUAAAUGUUGUGUCCUAUGCCAAUAUUAUUUCUACCAUCAUGCAUAUCCCAACAGCCACAGGGAGGCAGAAGGCCUUCUCCACUUGUGCUUCUCACUUCACUGUAGUCUCCAUCACUUAUGGUAGUUGCAUUUUCAUGUACGUGAAACCAAAAGGCUCCAGGGAGUUCGACUUCUCCAAAAUGGUGGCUGUUCUUAACACCAUUGUGUCCCCUCUCCUGAUCCCAUUCAUAUUCUGCCUGAGGAACAAGCAGGUUCAGGAUGCCUUGAAAGCUUUAUUCAAAAAAUACCUCAGUAAAAUGAUGUAG